UCCUUAGAAGCAAGAUGGCGGCUCUGAUAAAGCUGAGUGUCCUCUUCAGUGCCCGAGGAGGCCGAGCUCUGUUCCUCCGAAACCCCGUGGUGAGACCUGCUUGUGUCUCAGCAUUUCUCCAGUAUUCACGUACCCCAGGCUGGUGUGGAACACAGCACAUUCACUUGUCACCAAGCCAACAUGCUGGAUCCACAGCGGCAUCUCUCUACUGGACUGGCAGAGGGUUUCUCGCUGUUGGCCUCCUGGGCCUGUUUCCAACUGCAUAUUUGAAACCUUGCACUGCGGUGGACUGCUGUCUGGCUGCAGCCCUCACACUCCAUAGUUACUGGGGCCUUGGACAAGUUUUUACUGAUUAUGUUCACGGGGACACGUUACCAAAGGUUGCCAGAGCAGCCCUGGUGCUCUUCUCAUCUGUAAGCUUUGCUAUUCUCUAUUGUGCUAAUUGCUCAUUUUUAUAA